AUGCAUGGAAAGGCUAAUCGCAAAGCCAGUAGGAAAGAAGCUAAAAAAAGCAAUCGUAAAGUAAAAUUACCUUUCUUUGAGUAUCAAUGGCCACCAUCCAGUGGCAAUUACUAUGCAUUGCAAUCGUUGUUAAGCCGAUUUCUAGAUGAACCUACUUUUCAUCAGCGCUAUUUAUCCUUAAAUCGACGUCGAAUUGGCCUUAAAGAACGCCAACAUCUCAGAGAGAUUGGAUUAUUAGACAAUAAACCUCUUGCUAAAAUAGUUGCUAUCCAAUGUAAUUUUAAGCUUAUUGAAGUGAUGCAAAAUGAAUAUCCUGAUCGAUAUCGAGAAUAUGCAAAAUCCAGCAAAAUUGCUGCACCCAUGUCUUCCAGUCGGGCGGCAGAGAAACCACGACGUCAAACGUCAUCGGCUAAUAAUUUAAGUAAUCUCAGCAAACAGCAAGUUAUUUUUAAUGAAGCAGUCUAUCAUGCUGCUGAAUUUAAUAGUCAAUUAGCUAAGGAGCGUCGAGAAGAACGUGGCUGCUAUUUCGAUAUACAAACACAGCGAGUUCAUGUACCCGCCAACACAACGUUAAGACUACAUCCCGAUUACACUCGAAAAGGUGGCUAUCCUGUUGCUAUUCUUUCUGGCCAAUAUUCUGACUCUUUCUAUCGAUAUACACCUGAACAACUCAAAGCUAUGCCUGUCAAAACUGUCUUAAAACUACCAUUUGAUCCCAAUACUAACUCCCAUCCUGACCAUAAUUCAACUGAAUCCAACCAUGAAGAGGAUAGCAACCAGACCUUCUCUGCUGCGUCCAAUUAUAGCAAUAAAACGAUGGAUAGUGAUCGAUCUCGUAAUCAGCCACAAGAAUUGAUCCACACACCUCUCAAAACCAGUCAAAAUGGUCUUAGUCGUAACUCCAGUAGUGAUCACAUCGGCAACGCCAGAGGAAAGCUAGCUGCCAAUAAAACAGUAUCAACCAAUUCAUGCGGUGUAUGCUUUGCUAGCGAAUAUGUCAAUGAUUUAGGCGAGAUUGAAGAAUUGAUUAAAUGUUCACAAUGUGGCAGCUUAACACAUCCAACGUGCCUUGAAUUAACGCCUGAAAUGGUCAAGGUCAUUCAAACCUACCAUUGGCAAUGCAUGGAUUGCAAAACGUGCACAGCAUGCAGCGAUCCUUAUGACGAGGAUAAGAUGAUGUUUUGCGAUCGUUGUGAUCGAGGCUAUCAUACAUUUUGCGUCGGACUGGAUAGCAUUCCAUCUGGUAACUGGAUCUGCCCUAGUUGUACACAACAUUCUGGCAAUAAAAAUGCCAAUAGUUACCAAAUGGCACCAAGUAAGAAAAGAAAAUAG